AUGGCGGUCAACAUCCCUGGAGUCAUUUCGAUGGUGUUCUUCUACCUUGUGGUGCUGGGGACGGGCAUCUGGGCUUCUUUCAAGUCCAGGAGGGAACAGAAGAGACAGGGAGCAUCUGAGAUCGAGAUGACUCUGCUGGGGAACCGAAAAAUCAACCUGGUGGUGGGGGUCUUCACUAUGACAGCGUCCUGGGUGGGAGGAGGCUUCAUCGUGGGCACCGCUGAGACCGUGUACCGGCCCUCGAUGGGACUCACUAUGGCCCUGAUCUUACUCUCGGCUUACAGCUGCUCCUUCCUCCUCUCUGGUGUUGAUGCAGGAGCCACGGUGAGUCUGGUCCUGGACCUGCCCUACGGAGCCAGCAUCUGGAUCUCUGCAGCUGUGGCGGUCACCUACACUCUGAUGGGGGGACUCUACUCUGUGGGCUACACCGACAUCAUCCAGCUCACACUCAUCGUCGUCAGCCUGUGGGCGUGUGUUCCCUUUGUGUUGCUGAGCCCCUUCACCGUGAGCAUCCAUGAGACUCUGCUGAACAACACUCUGCACUCCCCCUGGAUCGGGACUCCACAUGUGCACAGGCUCUGGACCAUGGUGGACGACUUCUUACUCAUGGCGCUGGAUGGGACAGAAGCACGAGGCACAUAUGUGACAGAGAUGGCCUCGUUUGGGGGCAGGAGGGGGAUUGGUCUGAUGUGA